CGAGAGGCGCGACUGGGCUUGCGCAGUAUUUACGCGAGCGCCGGCGCGCCGCGGUUUGAAAGGCCCGAGCCCUGUGCGCUUGCGCACUUAAGCCCGCGCAGGGAGCACCCCCUCUUCGCUUCCCCCCAAACUCGGACUUCUUUCAUCCUUCGCGCCUGGCGAAGCCCAAGACGUUGACAUGCCGGAGAUCCGUCUCCGCCAUGUGGUGUCCUGCAGUAGCCAGGACUCGACGCACUGUGCAGAAAACCUUCUCAAGGCGGACACUUACCGAAAAUGGCGGGCAGCCAAGGCAGGCGAGAAGACCAUCUCUGUGGUGCUCCAGCUGGAGAAGGAAGAACAGAUACACAGCGUGGACAUUGGCAAUGAUGGCUCGGCCUUCGUGGAGGUGCUGGUGGGCAGCUCGGCCGGAGGGGCUGGGGAGCAAGACUACGAGGUCCUGCUGGUCACUUCGUCUUUCAUGUCCCCUUCUGAGAGCCGCAGUGGCUCAAACCCCAACCGCGUUCGCAUUUUUGGGCCCGACAAGUUGGUCCGGGCAGCAGCUGAGAAGCGCUGGGACCGCGUCAAAAUCGUUUGCAGCCAGCCCUACAGCAAGGACUCCCCCUAUGGCCUGAGUUUUAUACGGUUUCACAGCCCCCCAGACAAAGAGGAGGUGGAGGCCUCACCCCAGAAGGUGACCAAGCUUGGCCAGUUCCGCGUGAAGGAGGAGGAUGAGGGUGCUAACUCCCUGAGACCCGGGGCCCUCUUCUUCAGCCGGAUCAAUAAGACAUCCCCUGCCACAGCCACCGACCCAGCAGGACCCAGCUACGCAGCUGCUACGCUGCAGGCCUCUAGUGCCGCCUCUUCGGCCUCUCCAGUCUCCAGGGCAGUGGGCGGCGCCUCCAAGCCUCAGGAGUCCCCCAAAGGGAAGAGAAAAUUGGAUUUGAACCAAGAAGAAAGGAAGAUGCCCGGCAAAGCAUCAGCCCAGCCCUCACCACCUGCCCUCAAGAGACCCAAAUUGCCAGCUCCCACCCGUACCCCAGCCAGCAGCACCCCAGUCCCUGCUUCAGCACGAGGCACAGUGCCAGGGAAGACCCGAGAAGCCACGGAGCCCAGGGGGCCCCGAGCUGGCCCGCAGGAGCUGGGGAAGAUCCUUCAAGGUGUGGUGGUGGUGCUGAGUGGCUUCCAGAACCCCUUCCGCUCAGAGCUCCGGGACAAGGCCCUGGAGCUGGGGGCCAAGUAUCGGCCAGACUGGACUCCAGACAGCACCCACCUCAUCUGUGCCUUUGCCAACACCCCCAAGUACAGCCAGGUCCUAGGCCUUGGAGGCCGCAUCGUGCGGAAAGAGUGGGUGCUGGACUGUCACCGAAUGCGGCGGCGGCUGCCCUCCCGGAGGUACCUCAUGGCAGGGCCAAGCUCCAGCAGUGAGGAUGAAGGGGGCUCUCACAGCGGCAGCAGCGGGGAUGAAGCCCCCAAGCUCCCCCAAAAGCGCCCUCAGACCAAAACCAAGCCCCCUCAGGCAGCAGGACCCAGCUCACCCCAGAGACCCACAACCCCAGAAGAGACCAAACCAGCCUCACCAGGGCCUCGGGAAGAUACUGACACUGAGGGGGAACAGUCAGAAGAACUGGGCAAUGGGGCAGAAGAUUCUGGGGAUACUGAGGAUGAGCUGAGAAGGGUGGCCGAGCAGAGGGAGCAAAAGCAGCCCCCUGACCAGGGGGAGAAUGGCGAGGACCCGUAUGCAGGAUCCACAGAUGAGAACACAGACAAUGAGGGUUCCCCGGAGUCUCCCGACCUGCCAGUUCCGGAGCUCCCAGACUUCUUCCAGGGCAAACACUUCUUCCUGUACGGGGAGUUCCCUGGGGACGAGCGGCGGAAGCUCAGCCGAUAUGUCACGGCCUUCAAUGGGGAACUUGAGGACUAUAUGAGCGACCGGGUCCAGUUUGUGAUCACAGCACAGGAGUGGGACCCCAGUUUUGAGGAGGCCCUGAUGGACAACCCCUCCUUGGUGUUUGUCCGCCCCCGAUGGAUCUACAGUUGCAACGAGAAGCAGAAGUUACUUCCCCACCAGCUUUAUGGGGUGGUGCCCCAGGCCUAAAGUAUGAGCCUGCGUGUGUGUGCACGCGUGUACUCAGGCACACACACACCCAUGUGCGCACACACACACACACACCCAUGUGCGCACACACACAAGAUGAGCUUAAUAAAGGUGACCUGUUUGGAA